CUCGUGAGCGAGCCUUUCUUUUGCAAAGGCUUUUUCUGUGCAGGAAAUUUACAGAUUUAGAUCGAGGAAGCCAGGUGAAUUUGUCCAGGUUAACGGGAGCUAAAUAUAGAAAGUUAUUUUUAGCUUUGUCGCCGACCAAUCAAUACGGUUCACCGAAUUAUUAUCUUUCGGCCAAUUCAUCUUCAUAACACGAUGUGUACAAGAUGGCUACUGCUGGUAAUAACUGGGUGAAAUUAAACGUCGGUGGAACUUACUUCUUAACGACAAAACAAACGCUCUGUAGACAUCCAAACUCCUUCUUGCAUCGGCUCUGCGCAGAAGAUCCAGAUUUACCGUCGGACAAGGACGAGAACGGUGCUUAUAUGAUAGAUCGGGAUCCUCGCUAUUUUGGACCUGUUUUAAACUAUUUACGGCAUGGCAAACUCAUAAUCGAUAAAGACCUCCUCGAAGAAGGUGUUUUAGAGGAAGCAGAAUUUUAUAAUAUUGAUCCUCUUGUUAGAAUAAUAAAAGACAGGAUACAGUCAAGAGAAGCACGUCAGAAGCUCCCUCUUCAAUCAAAGAAGCAUGUAUACAGAGUGUUACAGUGCCACGAAGAUGAACUUACCCAGAUGGUUUCAACAAUGUCGGAUGGCUGGAGAUUUGAACAGCUAAUAAGUGUGGGAAGUAAUUAUAACUAUGGCAGUGAAGAUCAAGCAGAAUUUUUAUGUGUUGUCUCAAGAGACGUGUCUGAUUCACAAGAACAGGGAGCAGCAGGAAAUAAACCAAGUGAUAAAGCAGAGACUUUACGGCAGCGAGGAUCAAGAAUGUAGCAUCGUGCAAAUAGGAUAGUUUAUUUCAAGUUAUUGUUAUCUUUAUGUGCUUGUUGACAUUAAUCCCCUCCCCAGUAGCCCCUCCCCAGUAACCACUAUUUCUCUCCACCCUCCGGAGGUAUCCAAACAUUGCCCAGUAGCAGAUUGAGGCUGUGCAUUAGCAGUGACUGGUAGUGACAUAUGUUUAAAUGUUGUUUUUGUGAGAAAGUUUAAUGACAAAUUUAAUGACAAAUUUAAUAACAAAUUUAAUGACAAUAUUCAUUAACUUUUCUUGUGUAUAAUAAACUGAUUCCUGUUUAUUAUGCAUAAAAGAGAAUUAGCCUGUGGCAAAAUGCUCGUAAUAUGUCUACAUGUAAUAUCUCUAAAAUUGCAUAACAACUAUUUCUGUGCGUCAUAUAUUUUUUGUUUAAUUUCUGUGCAGUUAGAACACACUUUCCUUGCAUUCCACUUCAGUGCAUCCAAACAAAGCUUUGUGGCCAUUUUCAGGGGGUGGGUCCUGAAAAUUCAGAAAGAGAGGGCCAAAGAAAUUGUGGCAUACCACAAGCCACGCCCUCCCCCCCCCCC